AUGGGAGAGAAAGAUCAAAAUGAUGACGACCAACUGCCGCUGGCCCCUAUUGACGAUAACAAAAUAGGAAGUCGACCAACUUGCCUAAAAUCCAACACCCAAGAGUUCUUAUUCGUGAUCUCAGCUACAACGGCACUGGCCCAGGAAGCCUUUUUCACAGGGCUUAUCGUUGGCCUAACCGCCGUUAUUGGCCAUGACCUCGACAUGAACAUCUCAGAAAUCGCCUGGAUAAGUGCUGGCUGCUCUCUCACAAGCGGCGCCUUUCUCCUCAUGUUUGGCCGAAUCGCCGAUAAUUACGGCCGCAAAAAGCUUUUCCUUUUUGGCAUGGGUGGAUUCACCUUUGCUGUCUUGGCUGCCAGCUUUGCAACCUCCCCGAUUUAUCUAAAUAUCUUCUCGGGCGUCAUUGGAAUAUGCUCCGCCAGCGUUGUUCCACCUGCAAUCGGAAAACUGGGAGCUGUGUAUGAGACAUCUUCUGUGCGCAAAAACCGCGCCUUUGCGUGCUUCAGUGCUGGGAAUCCACUUGGGUAUGUUGGUGGUAUGGUGAUAUCUGGUAUUGCGGCAGAUAUUUCUACAUGGAGGACGUCUUUCCGUGUCCUUGCCGUUCUCUAUGCAAUCUUCACCAUAGCAGGUGCUUGGGCUUUCCCACCGGAUGAGGGUAAUACUGUACCCCUGUCUAUUGAGUCCUUGAAACAGUUCGAUGUCAUGGGGACGGUACUUAUCGCUGUCGGUUUUGCAUCACUGACUGCUUCUUUGUCCCUGGCAGCAGCUGCCCCUCAUGGCUGGAGUACGGGAUAUGUGAUUGCACUACUUUGUAUUGGCUCUGCCCUGCUUGUUUGUUUCAUAUGGUGGGAGUCAAAAGCACAAUUCCCACUAAUGCCACCCGUUAUAUGGCAGGACCGAACGUUUUCCGCGGUGAUCGCCGUUCAAUGCUUAGGAGAGGUAGGAUUUUCCUCCACUACAUUCUGGCUCUCUCUAUUCUUCCAGAAUGUCCGCAAAGACUCCGCCAUAAAGAUCGCCCUUCAACUGCUACCCAUGGUCAUUGGCGGCAUAACAGUGAAUGUUAUCUGUGCGUUGAUUCUCCACAGAGUCAGCAAUCAGGUUCUAAUGGGAGUCGGGACUGUGGCAUUCACGGUAGCUUUCCUCAUUCUGAGUUUUCUGAAAGAAGAGGCGACAUACUGGGCCUUUAUCUUCCCAAGCCUGAUAUUGAUGGUGAUUGGGGUUGAUGUUCAGUACAACGUCACAAAUAUGUACGUGAUGAACUCACUACCGGAGCAGCAGUCAGUUGCAGGUGGGAUAUUCAAUACUAUUACCAGGCUAUGCGGUAACCUAUCACUGGGGAUUUCAACUGCGAUAUACAUUUCGAUCAAAGAAAAGGCGGACGCCACAACCACCGAUGUGGUUCCUUAUCUCUUUACCUUUCGCUUCGCAGCGGCGGCGACUGGGAUUUCGAUCUUUCUUAUUCCGUUGGUAAAAAUUGGGAAGCAGGGUGGACCGGCAAUUCAGGAAGUUCCAAGUGUUCAAGUAUAA